AUGGCUGACAACGCGGACGCACCCACCUGCUCGAUUGACGAGUUCGUUAAGACGAAAUUCGACUACAUCGUUUGCGGGGGUGGCACUGCUGGUCUCGCCGUUGCGGCGCGAUUGAGCGAGAAUCCCGAUGUGACUGUCGGCGUCGUGGAAGCAGGGGAUUAUCGCAUUGGUGAUGCGCUGGUUGACUGUCCUGCGGCAUUCUUUAAUAUGUUUGAGAAUCCGGACUACGAUUGGUGUCUGUACUCGGAGCCGCAAGAAGUAGACGGCGGCAAACGCCAUCACAUCCCUCGAGGCAAACUCCUCGGCGGCUCCUCGGGAAUCAACUACAUGAUGUACGUGCGCGGCUCGCGACAAGACUACAAUGACUGGGCCGAGCUGGCCGAAGACGAAGGCUGGUCGGCCGACGUGAUGCAGCACUACAUGCGCAAGCAUCAGACGCUGGAGCCAAUCGACCCAUCCAUCAAAGACCGCACGACGAUGCCCUUCGUCGGUGAGUUCCACGGUACCAGCGGGCCCGUCCGAACAAGCUUCAAUGAUACGAUCCUCCCCAUCGAAAACGACAUCAUCAAAGCCUGCGACGACGCCACGGGGAUCAGCAAGAAGCCCACUGACCCGUGGAGCGGCGACCAUAUCGGUUUCUACAACACGCUUGGUUCCAUCGUUCGCACCGGUCCGAAUAAGGGUAAACGCAGCUAUGCGGCUCGCGGAUACUACGAGAAUAACCGGGCUAGUCGGCCGAACCUGAAAGUUCUUUGCUCUGCGCUCGUCAACAAGGUCCUCCUGGACGGGAACAAGGCUGUCGGCGUCUCGAUCAGCCACAAGGGACAGGAGUACGCGGUCACCAGCAAGCGCGAGGUCAUCGUAUCGGGAGGAACGUUGAAAUCGCCGCAAAUCCUCGAGCUGUCAGGUAUAGGCGACCCGGCCGUCCUCGAGGCCGCGGGCGUAGAGUGCAAGGUCGUCAACCCCGCCGUCGGAAAUAACCUCCAAGACCAUUCGAUCACACUGGCCGUAUACGACUGCCAGCCCGGAACGCUUUCCCUCGACUCAUUCCACCAGAACCCAGAGCUGAUGGCCGCGGCCCAGAAGCAAUAUGUCGAGACAGGCGGCGGUCCACUGAGCUGCACCUCGACAAUGCAGGGCUUCUUCCCGAUCAAGAGGGUGAUGUCGGAGGCAGAGAUGGAAGAGGUCAUCUCGAGUAUCCGAGCAGUCAAGCCCACGAGCGCUUUCCACGAGAAACAGCUCGAACAGGUCAUCGCGCAUCUGCAGAGUGAUAUCUCGGCCAAUAUGCAGAUGGUCCUUGUUCCCGCAACCGCAAACAGAGACGGAAUCGAGCACCAGAAGAAUAUCUUCCCACCCGCUGACCCGACCAAGCCUGCCGGCGUGACCUUCGCCCUGUGUCUCCAGUACCCCGUUUCUCGAGGCUACGUGCACAUCGCCACUGCCAACCCAACCGACCCGCCCAAAAUCCAACCCAACUACGGCAUCCACGAAGCCGACAUCGCCGUCCUGGCCGCCGCCUUCCGCUGGGUCGACCGCGUCAGCAAAUCCUCGCAUGUGUCGAACUCCCUCGGCGACCGAACCUACCCAGCCCCGGAAAAGGACCUGCAGGACCUGGAGGUGUGCAAGGAGAGUGUGCGCGAGACAAUCGCGGGCGAGUACCAUAUCUGCGGGUCUGUGGCGAUGGGAGAUGCGCUGGACUCGCGGUUGCGGGUGAAGGGGGUUGAGGGGCUGCGCGUGGCGGAUGCGUCUGUUUUCCCGAAUAAUGUUAGUGGGAAUAUUGUUAGCUCUGUUUAUAGCGUUGGGGAGAAGUGUGCGGAUUUGAUUAAGGAGGAUUGGGAUUUUGCGCCAUUGAAGGAGGCGAUGGCUUGA